GUCCCGUCACUAAAUUCUAAAAGCGUUUCCCAAGGCCCAACCCAACCCCUCCAUCUCGUUUCUCUGUGCCUGCCGUCGAUGAGAAUUAUGGCUGUGGUUGCUUGUCAGUUACCGUAGUUUUUAGAAAUAGGGGUUUGUACAGAUUCAAGGUUUGCUGAGAGGUAUGGAAUCUGCAGAGAGGAAAGAUAAAGGAGGAGAUCAUCAUGUCGUCGAAUUGGUCGUUAGCGAUGCUGCACCCCAAGUAUCCGAUCAGAUCACUCCUCUAUUAUCCGUGGCUGGGAAACCCAAGUCCAGCAUCUUCUCUGUCUCUCAUCCCAGAAGGAGGCCCAAGGAGCAAGUAGCAAAGAUAAAUGAAACAGACGUAUCAUUCUUUUCUCAAUCUAUUUUAUGGUUAUGGAGCGGACCAAAGUACUCAGGUUUAGUUUGCAUGGCAUUAUCUUCUACUAUCUAUUUUGUCAUGGAAAUCCUGGCAAGCACUCUUUCAGGUCAACCAAUUCCAUUAUUUGAAAUUGUAUUUGUGAGGUGUACAAUUAUCUUGAUCUCAUCAUUUGUGUGGUUGAAAAGGACUAGACAACCUAUCUUUGGACCAACCCAUGUACGGAAACUUUUGUUUUCAAGAGCCUUAAUGGGAUACCUCUCAUUGUUCAGUUUUGUAUACAGCAUACAAAGCUUACCUCUAUCUCAGGCUAUUGUGUUGAACUUCACCACUCCAAUUAUGGCUUCUAUUAUGGCUAGAAUCAUUUUGAAUGAGAAGCUGAAAUUUUUAGAUGUUGGAGGACUGAUUUGCAGUUUCUUUGGCUUGCUGUUCAUUUUUCGACCAAUACUCGUUAAACAAGGAAAGUUAGCUGAUGGCGAGAAAUCAAGCAAUACGUACAGCAGUAGAGAAGGCGAAAUUAUAUAUGCACUGUUAGUUGCCAUGUUUUCAUCAAUAACUGGUGGAAUUAGCUAUUGCCUUAUAAGAGCCGGAGCGAAGGCAUCUGAUCAACCUGUGGUUACUGUUUUCUCAUUUGGCUUAUUGGCUACUCCUGCUGCAGCAAUUUGUACCUUUGUUCUGCAGGAAUUUGUGCUGCCUGAACUAUAUUCAUUUAUUUUCAUGGUUGUGCUUGGUGAACUGGCUUUUCUUGCACAGGUACUUUUAGCACGUGCACUUCAACUUGAGAAAACUAGCAAAGUUACAAACAUCCAGUACAUCGAGGUCUUUCUAUCACAGAUUUGGGGCAUUGGUUUAUCAUGGGUAGCUCCCUCUUUUGGUAGACUUGCUGGGUGUUUGCUUAUCUUUAUUUCAGUGGGUAGCACCAUGUUUUUUGGACCUGAGCAAGAGAAUGAAUGAAGGUUUCCAUACACUCCAGUAUAAUAGCAUGCAUCCAAUAUGGUGGACUUAAUUUUUUUUGUUGUAUCAAAUGGCUUAAGCUUCCAUAUUCCUGUAAGAUGUUGCUAAUUUAUGCUGGCAGCAGAAGCCUCUUUAAGAAGUGUUUACUGAUUCUUUUUGUCAAGGAUUCAGUUGUUUUUGACAAUGAUGUGAUUAGGAAUUGUUGAACAAAUUUACAACUGAGUUGCUGCUAAGGAUCGCUAUCUAACAAAGCUCUUGCUGUAGACUAACGGGGCAAGGUCUAUGUUCCUAGUCCUCUCUCUCUCUCUCUAGCCUCCUGCAAUUAUCUAGUGCAUUACCAAAAUAUGGUUUGAUGAUCAUGUAAGAAUUUCAAGGCAGCAUUUUUAGUCUUUGUUUAUGAAGGCCUUCUGAAGUAAAGGGACUCAUUUAAUUUUCGACUGCUGAAAGAUCAAAAGUUUUAAAUGCUAUCUACAAGGUUCUUGUGUUAUCUCUCCAGACUUGUAAGGUUGAAGCAUGGAAAAGAUUAAUUUGAAUAAGAGUUUAGCUCA